CGCCCAGAGAUGUGCAGAACAAACUGAAGCCCCUUUCAUUCAGCAGCUUACUCACGUUUUGGAGUCCAUUUGAUGAAUGAUUAGGAGAACGUGAGUGAAGCUACUUCAUAACAAAACACGUUCAACUUGUUUGUCAAACAAGUAAAACAAGUUGACUAUUUACAACCCUGUUAAAAAGCAUUUCCGGCUAUUGGCGUUCUCGAGCUACAAGCACCGUGUGCACAGCUGGUACUAAUGAAUGACGUGUUCAACCUGUGCCUAUUGAGCAAUUCGACAGUUCAGUGCCACAGUUGGCCACAUGGGGGCGCAAAUACCACUGUAACGGCAGACUGCACGAUAAGGAAUUGAAUUUCCUCUUGUCAUUGUAAUGCCCUCUUUAGCCGGUAGAGGGCGGCAGAACAGCUGAAACUGCGUUUAUUUGGAGACCGAGAAGCAUCAAAUCCAAAUGCAACAGGUUACUUUGCAUUUGACCUCAAACUAUCCUUUAGAGCCAAGUUGAACCAAAAGCAAAGAUCAAGAUAAUGUCGAAGCUUUCGAUAAAUUUCUUGUUUUUUUCUUCUCACUAACAAUAGCUGCACCGUCAUGUGGGAGAAGUCAUUUGAGGCAGUUUAACUCCUCCUCGGCCGUCCGAUUGGUUCCGCCUCGUGUCGGCGCGCGUCCAGCAGCAGAUGCCGGCAGCUCCCUCACGGAGUGCACGAUCUGUCUCCUUCACGCAGUGCACGGUCUGUCUCUCCUGACGAGAUGCCUUCUCGCUGUGCAGCUUCACUUCGCUAACUGAUGGAUCCCCCUGGAUUCACCUCUCUUAUUUAGGAGCCAGAAGUAGAAGGCCAUGAUACUGCCCCGGCAUCUAGAGUGACAGGCUGUGCAGGCUGUGCCUGCUUGCGCACUUGCAACAUUUGGUUUGCCGUGAGCCUCACAAGAUGUUCCAGAUGUACAGGUUGUGCGUCGUCGUGCUCCUCUGCUGUGCGUUUUCUCCACGGUGCUCCGCAGCGCCGAAGACCCGGCGGCCCGAUCCCGGGGCAGAGUUUGAGCGCGAUGCAGAGCCACACGACGGGCUGCAGGAGGAGGUGGACGCCCGGGAGAGCAUCCUCUCCAAGCUGCUGGGUGAUUAUGACAAAGUGAAAGCCCUCUCGGAAGGCUCUGACUGUCGGUGUAAAUGUGUUGUCAGACCCCUGAGCAGGAGCGCCUGCCGGCGGAUAGAAGAAGGGAGCGCCGCGGCGCACGACUUCUACACCGUGGAGACUAUCACAUCCGGACCAGAGUGCAAGUGCGCGUGCAUCGCUCCUCCGUCGGCGGUCAACCCGUGCGAGGGAGAGUUCAGGCUGAAGAGACUUAGAGAAGCUGGGGAAGAGAAUGUCAAGCUUUCCACCAUCCUGGAGCUGCUGGAGGGCUCCUUCUAUGGCAUGGACCUCCUGAAGCUGCACUCCAUUACCAACAAGCUGCUGGAUCGCAUGGAGAACGUGGAAAAGGCAGUAGCUUUGAACCUCACCGCGGUGGAAGUGGAGCCCCGGGAGAGCCCUCGGAUCCAGGCGGAUGCAACUGAAAGCCCACCCAGGGCCCCCCAGGACCUGAAGAGACCGAGUGAGGUCAGCAGGACCGCAGCACACCAAGACCCAGAUGACCAGCAUGAAACCUUCAUCGGGGGAAGUCCUCCCUCCCUGAAGACGGACGUGUCUGCUCACAUCAUUGAAGUCAAACCUGCCAGGGAGGCUCCUCCUCCGGUGUCAAAGAGCAGCCCCAAUGGAAUGAUCAUAAGAGGAAUCACUUUUUACAAAUCCGAGCCGGAUCCGAUGGUGGCCGAUGAUGGGGAGCCUGGAGAGAACCUUUUUGAGUAUCAUGGAUUCAGUGGCGACGGCCCAAUCAACCUCCUCAUUGAAGACAACCUCUUACAACACAGAGUCCCUCCUCCCAGCACGAGGACGCCACUGACCAAAGGCGCCGAGCCCACCCCACGAACCCCCAGUGGGUCCCGCGGCGCCUCUGGAACCUCACCUGUGGCCCGGAGCGACGCUUCCACGGCGAAAAGCGCCACGUUGGGGCCAACCGCUUCCACGGAGGCGACCAGGGCCGCGGCGCCGGGGGCCACUCGGGGGGUCACCGCCGGACACACCCACGGGCCAAUGGCGUCUCCACUGGUCAUCGCCGCCGAGGAAACCACCGACGCCGCAAUAAGCGCGGCAUCCAAAGCAUCCGGAGAUGCAGACGCAGAAGACGUCCUACCGGCAUCCCCAACGAGGAACGCGCCGACCCCCGUGAUGGAAUCCUCCGCCCAGGGGGCGAUGAAACAAAUGCAAAUGGCAGCCGGCGUCACUGCGGCCCUUCCCUCGGGUCGCCGCGCACCGGACACAGCCGGAGAGGCUUCGGCUACCAUUGCGCCCCCCGCUGCAACCAUCACAGCGCACGCCGCCCCGAGCACAGCAGCGGUACACCCAACCGCAGCUUCCACCCCGCCCCCACCACCCACGCCAGCGCCACCCACGCGGGCCGCUGCCACGGCGCCAGAGGAGGGAACUACAUCCGCCUUCUUCUCAACUUCGGCUUUGCCGCCAACCACACGGGGACGGGUCACUUUGUCUCCCGUCACCUCUCUGCCCGUCACCACACCUGGGACCACCCCUCCUUCAGAUGCACCCACCAUCAGCACCACCACCGCCAGCACCACCAUCAGCACCGCCACCAUCAGCACCACCAUCAGCACCGCCACCAUCAGCACCGCCACCACCAGCACCUCCACCACCACCAGACAGGCCGCUCAAGUCAAACCGAAAUUUAAAAUCCGCUGGGAAGAGGAAGAUGGGGAGGAGGGACACCCGGAAUUAGAGGAGCCAAUGCAAAGGCAGGAGGAAUCUCCCUCAAGAAAACCUGGGGAGUGCAAGGACACUUUGGCGACUAUCUCGGAGCCGGUAACUCGCAACACCUACGGCAGGAACGAGGGAGCAUGGAUGAAGGAUCCGAAGGCCGAUAACGACAAGAUCUACGUCACGAACUUCCUCUACGGAAACAAUCUCCUGGAGUUCCGCAACCUGCAGGUUUUCAAAGAAGGCCGCUUCACCAACUCGUACAAGCUUCCCUACAGCUGGAUCGGCACCGGGCACGUGGUCUACGGCGGGGCCUUCUACUACAACCGCGCGCUCUCCCGGGACAUCAUCAAGUUCGACCUGCGCCUGCGCCACGUGGCCGCCUGGACCAUGCUGCACGACGCCCUGGUGGACGAGGCCACGUCGCCGUGGGAGCGGCGGCGGCGGCGCUCCGAGGUGGACUUUGCCGUGGACGAGAGCGGCCUGUGGAUCGUUUACGCGGCGCUGGACGACGAGGGCUUCUCGCAGGAGGUGAUCGUCCUGAGCCGGCUGGACCCCUCGGACCUCAGCACGCAAAGGGAGACCACGUGGAGGACGGGGCUCCGCAGGGACCACUACGGGAACUGCUUCGUGGUGUGCGGCGUCCUUUACGCCGUCGACAGCCAGGACCAGAGGGACGCCAAGCUGGAAUACGCCUUCGACACGCACACGAACACUCAGAUGACUCCCAGGAUGCCCUUCACCAACAACUACACCUACACCACGCAGAUUGACUACAAUCCCAAAGAAGGCGUCCUGUACGCUUGGGACAACGGGCACCAAGUCACGUACGACGUUAAGUUCGCCUACGUAGACCCGUAGAUGGGGAUGGGGGGCGGUCGGUGGUCGUUUUUAAAAAGCGAAUUGUAUGGUUUGAAUGGAUUGUAGAUCAGUCCACACGGCCUUCAUUAUUGGAGACAAAUGAGGGUCCAAAUGUACAAAUAUACGGAAUUAUAUUAAGACAAAAUUGUUGAAUUUUUACCCAAAGAGAACAUUGAUUCCUGUUAACAACCUGUACUGUAUAUUGUAAAACUGUAAAAAAAAAAAAUAAUAAU